AUGGUAACUCCAAGAAGUUCUUGUGCUUAUGAAAUCACCCUUGCAUAUUCUGGUUGUAUUCUCAUACAAGAUGGGGGUGAUGGUUUCAAAACCCCCUCCAAGAAAUUGGUAUUGACUGCCUAUGGGGAGGAAGAGGAAGUUCCUGAAGUGAAGGAGGGUAUGGUUUUUCCCGAUUGGGAGGCAAUUGAUGUUCAAUUGAAGGCUUAUGGUAGGCAAAAGGGUUUUUGUUUUGUCCGUCGUUGUGGUUCGCCGAAGAAAUGUACUAGCAGUACUUUGUCACGGGAUGGGAAGCGGAAGGUUAGUGGUGUUUUUGGUUCAUCUGAUAUCCAGGUUCAUGUUGGUAGUGGGGUACGCAAGUCUAAGAAAUGUGAAUGUCCCGUACAUGUGUUUUCUAGUGUUAAUGAGAUAGGGCAGUGGGUUAUACGUAGGUCAGUCAUGGGACACGCAAAUCAUCACCCAACCCCGGGUAAGUCCCGAACAAUUGCUUCGUUCUUGAAGAAGUUCAUUGAAGAUAAUCCCCAUGUAAGUCGGGAAUUUGAGAUUUGUAGGAAAUCUGGCCUGGGGACUAAUCAAGUAUAUAAUUUGAUGUCAACGCGAAGGAAUGGUAAAGCGCACAUGCCCUUUUCCCAGAAGGAUAUUCAUGAUUACCUUGCCAAAAGGAAAAAGGAAAAGACGAAAGGCGGUGAUGCAAGGGCGAUGUUUUCUUACUUUGAGAAGAUGAAGGAAGAUAAUUCAGAUUUUUUUCAUGUCUUUAGGCAAGCUGAUGGUGGUAGUUUGCAAGAUGUUUUUUGGGUAGAUGCUCAUAUUAGAGCGACGUAUGAGGAGUUUGGUGAUGUUGUGUGCUUUGACACUACCUAUUUGACCAAUCAAUACAAAAUGCCAUUUGCGAAUUUUGUAGGUGUAAACCAUCAUGGGCAAAGCAUAUUACUUGGUUGUGCGUUGGUUUCUCGCGAGAAUGCCGACACCUUUGAGUGGAUAUUUAGUCAUUGGUUGGAGUGUAUGGGAGGCAAAGCCCCAAUAGGGAUAUUGACCGAUCAGGAUGCCGCGAUGAGGAAAGCAUUACGGUCAACCAUGAGUGAAACAAUUCAUAGGUGGUGUCUAUGGCACAUUGCGCAGAAGUUUUGUAGGAAGAUAGGAAAGAAUGAGGAGUACCUAGAUUUGAAGGAAGACUUGGAGCAUGCAAUUUAUGACAGUCUCGAUGGUGAUGAAUUUGAAAUGAAUUGGGCAACCGUGAUGGAACGCUACAACUUGUCAGAGAGUGAAUCCGAUUGGCUUGAAGAUAUGUACAAGGAAAGGAUUAUGUGGGUCCCUGCCUACCUGAAGCAUUUAUUUUGGGCCGGAAUGAAGACGACACAACGGGUUGAAAGCAUAAAUAGUUUCUUUGACUGUUAUGUUGAUAAACAUACUGCUUUGUAUGAGUUUGCUAAGUCUUACUGCGAAGCAAUGGAGGGAAGAGAAAAUGCGGAAAGUAAGGCUGAUGAAAGUACGGCGAGAAAUAUAAGGCAAAUUCUUACUGGAUUUCCAAUUGAAGAAGUGUUCCAGAAAUGUUAUACUGAUGCUAAGUUUAAUGAGGUUCAAAGAGAGUGUACUAAAAUGCUGUAUGUGAAUUGUGUUAGAAGGAAGAUGUUGGAUGAUGCUCUGGAGGAGUAUGAGCUUGAGGAUAGGGUGUGGGUAAAACCUAAAUACUCUAGGAAGGAGAUCCUAACGAAACGUAAGAUAAAGCACAUGAUGCUCUUGUUUGGUUUAAACAACCAAACAGAAGUUCCCGAAAAAUAUAUACUUCGGCGUUGGAGGAAAGAUGUUGAACGGAAAUAUACUAAGGUGAAGGUGAUGUACCAUGACCCCUUGAAGACAGAGGCUGUUUGCAGGUAUGAUAAGUUGCAAGUGUUGUUUGAUCCCAUUUGUAAGAAGGCUUCCAGUUACAAAGAAACUGUUGACAUAGUUGUAGAGAUAUUUCAGUUGUUGGAUAUUCGGUUGGAUGAGAAGAUAUCCAUGCUUGACAGGCAGAAUGAUGUUACCCAAAGUGAGGAGUUGAUGUUGGGAACACCAUCUUCUGUAUGUCUAGAGAAGGUCUUUGAUUCUCCACUUAGAACUGAACAUGAAGGUAGUUGUGUUGGUGGUGAAAGUGUUCCUAGGAGUGUAGAGUAUCAGGGUCUUGAUUCCGGAAGUAAUGAUGGAUAUGGUUUUCCGUCUGGUAGCGUAGAUGGGGUUACUCCCCUGUUGGAUCCCUUUAAGCCUCCUGCACCUGAUCAUAGGACUACUAGCUACAGGUUCAGGUCAUGUACCGAGUAUCCAAAGAGACCUCCAAUGAAAGAACAGAUGAACCUGAACUGUGAUUAUUGUAACAAAGAUGUGACUCAAACUGAUGUUGCUGCUGCUGCUGCUGCUGAUGAUGAUGAUGAUGCUACUCAAAUUGAUCAGGGUCCGUCUUAUCCAGCCUCGGAGAAGCCGACUUCGAGGAAGGCAGCAGCUCCGAGGAAGCCAGCAGCCCCAAGGAAGCCUGCUGCUCCAAGGAAGCCGGCUUCUCCAAGGAAGGGCAAGAAGGCCUUGGAAUAG